AUGGGCCAUGCCCACGAUGGAAUCUACCAGCGUCACUACCAGAAUGAUGUGGUGGACGUCGACAUCGUCGCUGCUGUUCUAGAGAAACCUUCGGACGAACGCUCCAUGCGCCUCCUUGGCCACGUUUCUCUGACGCGCGACCCGAAUGCGCCUACCAGCCUGACCUUGGCUCAACGACGCCAGCUUAGCUCGAAACCAGAGAUCCGGGCGGCCAAAGAAGGAUGGCUCCAAAGUACUAAGGCGAUUCGGCGCGAUUUUGUUACUCUCUCUAAGGCGAGAAAGCUAGCCCAGGAGACUCCCGAAUUGCGAACUCGACUUUCUGAGCAUGACAAGCUAUUCCGCACUUACAAGAAGAUAUUGACGAAAGAUGAGACCGACGAACUGCAAUCGCUCCAAGCCGAAUAUUUCCAGACGCUGGGUUCGACCUGUUUGGAGAAUCAAUACACCGGACAAGAGGAAGCUGAUGGCCCUACUCCUGCUACAUUUGCAUUUUCCGAGCGUCAGGGGCUCGCAAGGCUGCUCUUCCCAGCGCCCUACGAGACACCCUCCUAUGAUGACCAGAUUCAAAAUAGCGCUCAGAUCGUCCGUCUCCUAUGCGCUCUCUGCGGUCGCCGGGACAGUCAGCGACCGCGCAGAGCCAAGCAGAAGUGCGACCAGUUGGAUUCCCCACCGGCCCAAGAUCCAAACCCCAAUGAUUGCUUCAUCGACACCUGCCCGGAAAUUUUCCCCAUCGUCUUCCCCGGGACUCAGCGCCUCUUUUGUCUCGGCGAUGACAGUCUCGCUCCAGAAAUACGGACGCAUUGCUUCAAAAACAGCUUCUUGCUGACAAGACACGUCCAAAACCAACACCUCAAUCAUCUUGCACCUAGUCUUGCGUUCGUCUGUCCGCACCCCCACUGCCAGGUGACCCGAGUGGAAUGUCUUGACGCGAGUCAUUUUAAAAUUCACGCGUUGAAUGUUCACAAUAUUGUCCACAGCCCCUAA